AUGGCCAUCAAAAUUCGCCCGGCAACGGAAUCAGAUAUCCCUCAAAUGCACUCCAUCUUUACCCACUACGUCCUAAAUACAGUCAUAACAUUUCUCAUUAACAAGCCCCCUCUCUCAUACGUAGCGGAUAAAUUAUACGCUACACGAGAUCGAGGGCUACCAUUUCUCGUUGCCGUGGAGCGGCCUGAAGGGGCUAACACCAGCAAUGAGGUGGACGCGCAGGAGAAAGUCUGUGGAUAUACACAGGUGUCCCCUUUCAGGGGCCAACUGCUUGCAUACGGGCCUACCGUCGAGCUCUCCCUGUUCGUCCAUCCAGACUAUCAGUCCCAAGGCAUCGGAAGUAAGCUCCUCUCAUCGUUGAUAGAACUUCUGAAGGAGACGAAACAUCGCGCCCGAGAAUUUGCGGGCGAUCUGGAGCAUGAAGUCGGUAUUCAAGACGGAUUUCCGGUCAAGAAUGUACUGGCUGUUAUGGCUGUCGAUACUGAAGGGAAGAACGGGGGCGAAGGCUUGAGGGAAUGGUAUGUUCAAAGAGGGUUUGUGGAGAGAGGAAGGAUGAAGGAAGUGGGAUUCAAAUUUGGAAAAUGGGUUGACACGAUAUAUCUUCAGUACAUCCUAUAG